GGUAAAGAGAACUUAAAACAAUGUCAACCAAAAACAUCCAGUUUACCUCUACAUUAGUCUACAUAGCUCACUUUUUCUAUCAAUAAUCCAUUAAUCAUCCAUAUUGACAUGGCCUUCACCUUAUCUUGCUGCAAUUUACUCUUCCUCCAUAACCAACAAGUGAAAGUGAGUAAUCAUGUCAGCAGCAACAACAACAACCUAAAAAGUGUCAAAAACCUCGUACUCUCAACUGGGGUUCCUUCAAUUGCAACCCCACCUCAAGAAUCCCUUCAAAAGGGCAAUUGGGUCAAGCUCAUUUGUGGUGCUAGCUUUGAGGAUGUUGUUGACAUAAGGAAUCUAUCUCUAGUUUACACUCUUGCUGGAGUUGAUUGUAUUGAUUGUGCGGCGGAUGCAUCGGUUGUGAGUGCGGUUAAUGAAGGAAUUGAAGCAGCCAUGAACAUAGUGUCACUUCGCCGGCCAUGGGUUAUGAUUAGUGUCAAUGAUGAUGAAGACCUUCAUUUUCGUAAAGCUGCCUUUGAUCCAUCGGAGUGUCCACUGGAUUGCUCGAGACCAUGCGAGGCUGUUUGUCCUGCCAAUGCUAUUGCAUUAAAGAAAGGAGACUCCUUGGAGGGAGGAGUGAUUAAUGAGCGAUGCUAUGGGUGUGGACGUUGCCUUCCAGUCUGCCCAUACGAUAAAAUAAAGGCAGUUACUUACUUGAGAGAUGCUGUUUCUACUGCUCAACUGGUCAAAAGAAUGUUGAUGCUAUUGAAAUCCAUACAAAUGGAAGGCAGACUGAUUCCUUUAAGGAAUUCUGGAAUGGGAUGGAAGAUUCUGUUACCCACCUGAGAUUAGUGGCUAUAAGCUUACCAGAUGUGGGUGAAGCAACUACAACCUUAAUGAACACAAUUUUCUCAGUCAUGAAACCAAAUCUGAGUUGCUACAAUCUAUG